GCUCCGCUUUGAGCAGCGGUAUAAAAACCGGCUGGGGGUUGAACUACUGUUUGCAUUGACUCAGACACAGAUGCGAAGCAACGGAACGGGCGAGGAUUACCGGGUUUUCUCCCCCAAGCCCCCUCAGUUCAUUUUUAACGAGUCAUUCUAUUGAUGAGGAGGGAUAACUAGAGAGGAUACUCAGGAUCAAAGCUUGCGAGGAGGUCGGGCGCGCUCACUGAGCUCAGGAUGGCGGUCUCCACCCAACUGGGUUUAUUGCUUUGGAAGAACUUCACCUACCGAAGAAGACAGACUAUUCAGCUGCUGAUUGAGAUCAUUUGGCCCCUCUUCAUCUUCUUCAUCCUCAUCUCAGUUCGGAUACACUACCCACCAUACGAGCAGCAUGAAUGUCAUUUCCCAAACAAAGCCAUGCCUUCAGCAGGCACUCUGCCCUGGGUACAAGGAAUCAUCUGUAACGCGAACAACCCCUGCUUCCGAAACCCGACCCCUGGAGAGAGUCCCGGGGUGGUCGGCAACUUCAAUGAUUCUAUAAUCUCUCGCCUGUUUAUUGAUGCCAAGAAAAUCCUGCUGUACUCCCAGAACGAUAAGAGUUACUUGGGCUACCGAGGACUGCUGAGGGCCCUUCACAAGAUGCAGAAGAACACUGUCGGUUUCAAACUGAAGGACUUUUUAAAGGACAAUGAAACCCUCUCCCACUUCUUGCAUCACAAUGCCUCACUUCCACGCCACGCGUUGAAGCAGAUAGUGGAGGCGGAUGUCAAUCUGGAAAAGGUUCUGACAAAAGGAUUUGGAUUUCAUCUCCGAGACCUGUGCAACACAACGCCUCUGGAGGAGUUUGUGCAAAUAGCCGAUCGCGAUGUUUCCAGUCUGACGCAAGAAAUCAUCUGUAAGUCCUCCAGGGACUGGCUGGACAAGGCCCAGAGCCAUUUCCUGUCCAACUUGGACUUUCUCAAGCCAAUUCGGAAGGAUGUAAAGACUCAUACCAAAGUGGUUCAGGAAGUCUCUGCUGCCACUGACUACCUUCUGGAGAGCCUGGGAGAGUUGGCUGUGGAGCUUUCAAGCAUGAAGAGUUGGAAAGAUAUGCGAAAGGAGAUCCUUUAUCUCACCGCCAAUGCCACGGGUUCUCCGAAUCAGAUGUACCAGGCUGUGUCACGUAUUGUCUGUGGCCACCCAGAGGGUGGCGGCCUCAAAAUCAAGUCUCUCAAUUGGUAUGAAGAUAACAACUACAAGGCGCUGUUUGGAAACCAUGGCAAUGAUAGUGACAACGAGCCCCUUUCCUACGACAAUACAUCCACUCCUUAUUGCAACACCAUGAUGCGGAGACUGGAGUCUAGUCCCAUUUCCAGGAUGAUCUGGAGAGCUCUGAAGCCACUGCUUGUGGGAAAGAUCCUGUACACCCCAGAUACUCCAGCCACACAGAGGAUAAUCCACGAGGUGAACAAGACCUUCCAGGAGCUUGGCCUGUUGAGGGACCUUGGUGGGAUGUGGGAUGAGCUGAAGCCCAAAGUGUGGAACUUCAUGGAGAACAGUGAAGAAAUGGAUUUGGUUAGGACCCUGCUCCAAAAUAACGCCAGCGCCACUUUCUUGAACACCCAACUGAGUGGGACUGAGUGGCGGGUGUCUGAUGUGUCGCACUUCCUUUCCAAAUCUUCGGAUGACCAAAGACCUGCAGGAUCAGCAUACACCUGGAGGGAUGUCUUCAAUGAAACUGACCAGGCCAUACAGACAAUUUCACGGUUCAUGGAGUGUAUCAACCUGGACAAAUUGGAGCCAGUAGCAAACGAGGAGCGCUUGGUCAACAAAUCCAUGGGUCUGCUUGACAACCAGAAGUUCUGGGCAGGCAUUGUGUUCCCCGACAUCACCCAUAGCAACAGCUCUGACCUGCCUCCCAACGUCAACUACAAAAUCCGCAUGGACAUCGAUAAUGUUGAAAGGACCAACAAGAUCAAGGAUGGCUACUGGGACCCCGGCCCCAGGGCAGACCCUUUUGAGGACUUGCGGUACAUCUGGGGUGGAUUUUCCUACCUGCAGGAUGUGAUUGAACAGGGAAUCAUCCGAGCUGUGACAGGCACCAAGGAAAAGACUGGGAUCUACAUUCAGCAGAUGCCCUACCCCUGCUACGUAGAUGACAUUUUUUUGCGGGUGAUGAGUCGAUCGAUGCCUCUUUUCAUGACGUUGGCAUGGAUGUAUUCGGUGGCCAUCAUCAUCAAGGGGGUGGUCUACGAGAAGGAGGCCCGGCUCAAGGAGACCAUGAGGAUCAUGGGACUGAACAACGGCAUCUUGUGGCUCAGCUGGUUCAUCAGCAGUUUGAUUCCACUGCUGAUUAGCGCUGGUUUACUGGUCAUGAUAUUGAAGGUCGGCAACUUGCUGCCUUACAGCGACUCAGGCGUUGUCUUCCUUUUUCUGAGCUCUUUCGGCGUGGUAACCAUCAUGCAGUGCUUCCUUAUCAGCACAUUGUUCUCUCGUGCCAACUUGGCAGCAGCUUGUGGUGGAAUUAUCUACUUCACCCUCUAUCUGCCCUACGUGCUGUGUGUGGCCUGGCAAGACUACAUUGGAUAUGGAGCUAAAAUUGUUGUGAGCCUGCUGUCUCCCGUAGCUUUUGGUUUUGGCUGUGAGUACUUGUCCCUGUUUGAGGAGCAAGGUGUGGGAAUCCAGUGGUCCAACUUGCUGGCGAGCCCCCUGGAGGAGGACAGUUUCAAUCUGACCACCUCCAUCUGUCUCAUGCUCUUCGACGCUGUUCUCUACGGACUAAUGACGUGGUACAUUGAAGCUGUGUUCCCUGGCCAGUAUGGGAUCCCCAGGCCUUGGUAUUUCCCUAUAACCAAGACAUAUUGGUGUGGCGAGCAACAGAGCAAGAACAUCUCAAGCCUUUUAUCCAAGAAAGGCAAUGCUGAUGCCGUGUGCAGCGAGGAGGAGCCAAGCCACAUAGAGCCGGGUGUUUAUAUUGAGAAUCUGGUAAAGGUCUACAGUCAUGGAAACAAGCUGGCAGUGGAUGGUCUCUCGCUGAGAUUCUAUGAAGGACAGAUUACCUCCUUCCUGGGUCACAAUGGAGCUGGAAAGACAACCACAAUGUCAAUCCUAACGGGGUUGUUCCCGCCCACUUCAGGAACUGCCUACAUCUUAGGCAAAGACAUUCGCUCAGAGCUGAGUACCAUCAGACAGAAUCUGGGGGUCUGCCCCCAACACAAUGUGCUUUUCAGCAUGCUGACAGUGGAAGAGCACAUCUGGUUCUAUGCUCGCCUGAAGGGACUGCCUGAGGAGAUCGUGAAGGCUGAAAUGGAACAAAUUGUUAAUGAUGUCGGAUUGCCUCAUAAACGACGGUCACGCACCAGCACACUUUCUGGUGGGAUGCAGCGGAAAUUGUCAGUGGCAUUGGCUUUUGUCGGGGGCUCCAAAGUUGUAAUCUUGGACGAACCCACAGCUGGAGUUGACCCCUACGCACGUAGGGGCAUCUGGGACCUGCUUCUUAAAUAUCGACAAGGGCGCACUAUCAUCCUGUCCACCCAUCAUAUGGAUGAGGCCGACAUCCUGGGUGACCGCAUCGCCAUCAUCUCGCACGGCAAGCUCUGUUGUGUCGGAUCCUCGCUCUUCCUGAAGACCCACCUGGGCACCGGCUACUACCUGACCCUGGUUAAGCGAGACUACGACUUGGCACUUCAGUCCUGCAGGAAUUCUGCAAGCACUGUGUCUUACAACAAGAAAGCUGAGAAGGAGGAUAGUGUGUCUGAGAGCAGUUCAGAUGCAGGCCUUGGCAGUGAACCAGAGAGUGAAACCACCACCAUUGAUGUUUCCCUCAUCUCCAACGUGAUUUUCAAGCACGUCUCAGAGGCUCGUCUGGUGGAGGACCUCGGACACGAGCUCACCUACGUCCUGCCCUAUCAGUCGGCUAAAGACGGAGCCUUUGUCGAGCUCUUCCAUGAACUUGAUGACCGUCUCACCGACCUGGGAAUAUCGAGCUAUGGAAUAUCGGACACCACCCUAGAGGAGAUUUUCUUGAAAGUGGCUGAGGACAGUGGAGUUGAUGCUGUGGAACUUUCAGAUGGAGUAGUGCCAACGAGGACACGUCGCCGCCAUGCAUUUGGAGACCAUCAGAGCUGCUUGAAGCCCUUCACUGAAGAUGACUUUGAUUUCAAUGACUCUGAAGAGUCCCGUGAGACUGACUGGCUGAGUGGCAGUGAUGGCAAAGGCUCCUACCAGGUCAAAGGCUGGAGUCUGAAGCGACAGCAGUUUGUGGCACUACUCUGGAAAAGAUUCCUCUAUGCUCGCCGUUCCAGGAAGGGCUUUUUCGCACAGAUUGUCCUCCCAGCUGUGUUUGUGUGCAUUGCUCUGGUGUUCAGCUUAAUUGUUCCUCCAUUUGGAAAGUACCCCAGCCUGGCUCUGGAUCCCAGCAUGUAUGGAGAGCAGUUUACCUUUGUCAGUAAUGACAUACCUGAGGACCCUCAUAUCAGCAAACUACUCGGAGCUUUGACGGACAGACCAGGAUUAAGAACACGCUGCAUGCAUGGCGAAUCCAUUUUGGACACUUUGUGUGCUUCCGAGGAGGACGAGUGGUUGAUUCCACAAGUACCUCAAAGUGUGAAGGACAUGUUCGACAACGGCAACUGGUCUAUGGAGAAUCCGUCACCCCUGUGCGAAUGCAGCUGCGAGGGGCGCAAAAGGAUGCUGCCUGAAUGUCCAGCUGGUGCAGGGGGCCUUCCGCCUCCACAGAUGAAGCUCAGCGACAAAGACACUCUUCAGAAUUUGACCGGCAGAAAUGUGUCAGAUUACCUGGUGAAGACUUACGCUCAAAUCAUUGGCAAAAGCCUGAAGAACAAGAUUUGGGUCAACGAGUUCAGGUAUGGUGGCUUCUCACUUGGCGCCAGGGGCUCUCAAUUUCCAGCCCAGAGAGACGAGAUCGAUGAGGCAAUUGCUCACCUGCGUUUGCGCUUCCGCCUAGAAAGGGGAACUGCAGCAGAUCGUUUCUUCCGCAGUCUCUCCAACUUCAUUCAAGGAUUGGACACCAAUAAUAAUGUCAAGAUCUGGUUCAACAACAAGGGCUGGCACAGCAUUGGCUCUUUUCUAAAUGUGAUGAACAAUGGAAUCCUUCGAGCAAGUUUGCCAGCUGGCAAAGACCCCGCCAAGUUUGGUAUCACUGCAUAUAAUCAUCCCCUCAACCUCACCAAGGAACAGCUGUCACAAGUUGCCCUAAUGACGACAUCGGUGGAUGUGCUGGUUUCCAUCUGCGUGAUCUUCGCCAUGUCCUUUGUACCCGCCAGUUUCGUUGUUUUCCUAAUCCAAGAGAGGGUGAACAAGGCCAAACACUUGCAGUUUAUCAGCGGAGUGCAACCUUUCCUCUACUGGCUGGCCAAUUUUGUUUGGGACAUGUGUAAUUACAUUGUCCCUGCCACGCUAGUCAUCAUCAUUUUCAUCUGCUUCCAACAAGAUGCUUACGUCUCCUCCACCAACUUGCCUGUGCUGGCUUUGCUGCUCCUGCUGUAUGGGUGGUCCAUCACGCCAUUAAUGUACCCGGCCUCAUUCUUCUUUAAGAUACCCAGCACGGCCUACGUAGUUCUGACCAGCGUCAACAUACUGAUAGGAAUAAAUGGCAGCGUGUCCACAUUUGUUCUGGAGCUCUUCGGUGGCAAUGAGAUCGGUGGUAUCAACGAUAUCUUGAAGAACGUAUUCCUCAUCUUCCCUCACUUCUGUCUGGGACGAGGAUUGAUCGACAUGGUCAAGAAUCAAGCCAUGGCGGAUGCUUUGGAGAGAUUUGGUGAAAACCGUUUCCGUUCUCCUCUGGCUUGGGACAUGGUGGGAAAGAACCUAUUUGCAAUGGCCAUUGAGGGAGUCAUCUUCUUCUGCAUCACCAUCCUCAUCCAGUACCGUUUCUGUAUCAAAGCCAGGUCAUCAUCCAGCCACCUGAAGCCAAUUGGCGAAGAAGAUGAAGAUGUGGCCAGAGAACGACAGAGAAUCCUAAGUGGUUCAGGGCAAACCGACAUAUUGGAGCUUCGUCAGCUCACAAAGAUUUAUAAGCGGAAACAAAAGCCCGCUGUGGACCGCCUGUGCGUUGGCAUUCCCCCAGGCGAGUGUUUUGGUUUGCUGGGAGUCAACGGCGCAGGAAAAACCAGUACGUUCAAAAUGCUGACAGGCGAUUCAGUGGUUACCAGUGGAGAGGCCUACCUGGCAGGCAAAAGUGUGACAACAGAAAUAGACGAGGUGCAUCAGAACAUGGGCUACUGUCCUCAGUUUGAUGCCAUCAAUGACCUGCUGACGGGACGAGAGCACCUUGAGUUCUACGCUAUUCUCAGAGGUGUUCCUGAGAAGGAAGUGUGUGAGGUGGCAGAGUGGGGCAUUCGCAAGUUGGGCUUGGUCAAGUAUGUUGACAAAUCGGCAGGGAGUUACAGUGGAGGCAACAUGAGAAAACUGUCCACAGCAAUCGCUCUCAUAGGAGGACCACCUGUUGUAUUCCUGGACGAACCUACAACAGGCAUGGACCCGAAAGCACGGCGUGCCCUGUGGAAUGCCAUCCUGAGCAUUAUCAAAGAGGGACGAUCUGUCGUCUUGACCUCCCACAGCAUGGAGGAGUGUGAAGCGCUUUGCACCAGGAUGGCCAUCAUGGUCAAUGGCAGAUUCCGCUGUCUGGGGAGUGUACAGCACCUGAAGAACAGGUUUGGAGAUGGUUAUACCAUCAUCCUGAGGGUGACCGGACCGGAUCCAGAUCUCAGGCCAGUGAUGGAGUUCAUUGAGCUGGAACUUCCUGGGAGUACACUGAAGGAGAAACAUCGCAACAUGCUUCAGUAUCAACUGCCCUCCUCCCUCACCUCCCUCGCACGCAUCUUCUCCCUGCUGGCCACCAACAAGGAGGCACUCAGGAUAGAGGACUACUCUGUCUCUCAGACCACACUAGACCAAGUGUUUGUAAAUUUUGCCAAGGACCAAAGUGAUGAGGACCACUUGAAAGACGUCCACCUGAACAAGCGCGACGCGGUGGUCGUGGACAUUUCCCAGCUCAACUCUUUCCUCAUGGACAGCAAGACCAGGGAGAGCUGUGUCUGAUUCCACCUUGCCACCAGAGGGUGUCGCCAUGCGUCGUCACUCCCACCCCAGAUAUAAUCUGCACCACGAAAUUUCAAACGGGAGACAGACUAUGUUCACUUUAUUUUGUUCUCAUUUGUAGUCUUCUUUUUUUUGUAAUUACGUCUCAGUGGACCUGCUGUUAAGUGCACAGCCUCUGAAGAUAUGACGAGGCAGAGACUGCAGGUACUGUUAAAA